GCCGUGGCCGAGAAGAUCCGGUCUCAGAUCCGCCUUUAAAAGAACGACCUGCAUGUCGGGAGGCAAGGCUUGCAGUCCGAGAGAUGUGCGAGCUAAUAUCUCUGCGUCAUGAGUCGAGAGGAUCCAGGUCUUCGCAGUCUUUGUGGAGCAGCUGACCACGUUGAAGAUUAACAGUUGUACAGCCGUGAGGGGCAGUGAAGGGUUCCGACGUGGACUAAUGAUUUCAGCUGACAUCUGCUCCAGAAGUGCGGCUAUAUUGUGAGGCGACCUCUGAAGAACUUUAAAAUAUGGCACGAUCGAAUCUGCAACACUCUGAUCCAUAUGCAUCCUAUCUGCACGUCGGACAGCUUCGUCGCCUCCGGGUCCAUAGUACGCUGGUGAUGGAUUUCGCGUUCUGUCUCGAAUAAAUACUCCCUCCUCCUGCCAUAAUCCGUAUAUGUUCUCAUCGAGCUCAGAAGGUGCAAAGACACACACUCUGAUCCAGUCCUGAUCGAAUUCCAAAAUGACGAAGAGUACGCGCAUUUUCGCAGCCAUGGUGCUGCUGCUGCUGCAGAUAGGAACGCGAGUCUCAGCCGUCUCGCAGCAGAUCAUCAACAACGGCGGGUCGAGCUGCAGCAGUCAGAGCAUCGGCAAUGGCUUCGGGCAGAGUUUUACAACAGGCUUGAGCGUAGUUGCCACCAUCGACACGAUUGACAUCUAUUUGGAGCCCCACCCCACCACCGUCACCUCGUAUCAGAUCAAGAUUUACGUACCUGCUAGCUCGGGAUGCAGCACCACCGCCAUUGGUACAUCGUUCAUUACCAACAUUCCUGCUCAAAACCAGGGUGGCUUAGCUGGCUGGUACCCAUUUAGACUCGUGGACAAGAAUGCUGCACCCUUGUACCCGGGCACCAGCUACCUCAUCUACGUUACCCACACCAGCACCAACUUUGGAAACUACAAGCUCUGCGGCAACACGUACGCAAACGGCAACGCAUUCACGAGCACCUGCGGUCAGAGCACGGGCAACGACAUCGCCUUCCGCGUGACCAUCAUCAGAGCCCCACGACUCGAGCCUGGCAACACCGUCGCGCUCCGAACUCGCCUUCCUGCUAAUACCUACGUAUCGGCCAACAACUACGCGAGCCCAUUCCACACGAACUCGCUGGCUGCGAAUCGGGCGGCGGUGGGGCAGUACGAGUCGUUCUCCGUGGAGAACGCAGGCAGCGGCAAGAUCUAUCUGAAGUGCAAUGGCAACAAUGGCGGCGGCCAGAAGUACUGCCGCUUCGACAGCAGCCUCAACAACGAGCUGCUCUGCGACCAGACCACGCCCGGCGUCACCUCGCAAUUCACGGAGGUGGACGUGGGCAACGCUGCCUCGGGUCUCAUCGCCAGCAACGGGCUCUUCGUUCGCACCGACGCCGGCAGCAGCUACAAGCUCAAGGCCGACCAGAGCUCGGUGGGCGGCCCCGCCGAGGCCUUCUCCUGUGAGAUUGUACCGUAGCUCCAAGUGUUGCACCGCAUUGAGUCUGAGUCUGAGACUGUCAGUCUGUCUGUCAGUCAGUCGACGGAGGUUGCGGUCGAGAAAUUUCUCCUUCUCUCCUCGCCUCUCGAAAAUAACGCGCUGUAAUAAAUGCUUUGGUUCCUUUCAGCUGG